CUCAUUUAAUAAAAAUUACUAUUACACGCAAAGAACAUUAAUAUUUCGAACAAACUAAGUGCUAAAACUUACUGGCUAUCCAUAUAAACUAGUUGUGCGUGUAAUUAAUUAUCGCGCUUGUUGCAUCGCACCGCAAUUCGUAUUGUAUCGGCCAGCUAGCAUCAUUGCUGACGGACAAAGUUAAGAUGUCGGAACACGCAAAAGCAAGCGCCAGCGUUCCUAGCUGCCUGCAUUGUAGCGCAUACGGUUCGAAAUUGAAAUUCCAGGAGAUAUUCGAUGAAUUUGGCCUGGAACUGGGACUCCAGCAGCUGCUGGCGAAGCACUUCGACUUGGUGGUGAAGCCCAACGAAAAGCAGCAACAGAUCCUUUGCGCGGAGUGUGUCAAUGUUCUUAUCCGGUUAUUUGACAUUGACGAGGUACAGCAACAGCAAGAUGCCGCGAUUGCCAAGCGAAAGAACGCUGCUUCUCCUGAAGCAAAGAGUGCAGUCAAGACGCCACCAAAACCGGCAAAGCAAACAACGCCGCCCAAGCCGCAAGUUAAAGUGGAAAAGCCGCCUGUGCCGGCGGUCCAAUUGCGUGAGCCCAGCCGACGUAUAAUCAAAAAUUCCGCAGCAGUCGUAGUGGAUAAGGUCGUGGUACCAGCCAGAACUAUCGUACAGGUUUCUCCGCCCAUUACAAGAGCAAAGCGUGCUCCGAAGGACGCCGACCAGGAGCAGAUUAGUGCCCUCAUUCUCAAUAUUCUAAACGAGGAUGAGCCGGGCGAGGAAGAAGAUGAUGAUGCCGAUAACGUGGCGUCCGUCUCACCCCAAAGAUCGGCAGCAAGCACAAGUCAAACAACAAUUGAUGUGCCAGAGGAGGAAACGGUGGCCGAGACAGUGACUGAAGACGAUCUAGAUGGAGUGCACAUAAUAUACGAGCAUGACGAUAUUUCAUUGGAAGAGGAGGUAAAUACCAAGCCAGAUAUCCGUGAAUGCAUACUGAAAGUGCAGAAAAGGGAUAGCCAGAGCGAGGCUGAGAACGAGGAGAGCGAGAUCAGCAAUAUUGUUGUCUUUAACUUUGUGGACAUCAAAGAAAAGGAUGAUAUUGAGGAUCUAUACGAGUACUUGGGCACGGUGGUGAGGACCAGCUUCCAUAAGCUAACCUUUGACUGGAGCACAGUCUGCAAGCUGUGCACAUUCAAGUCCGCUACGUUCGAGACCCUGCUGGAGCACAUGCAGAAGGUGCACAAGUCCCGGACGGAUGUGUUUCAGUGCCCCAUCGAAGGCUGCAGCAUGGAGCUUACGGGAAACAAACUGCUGGCCAUGCAUUUGGUGGUUCUACACGCACCAGUGGCUGAUAUUGCCAUUUACGGCAGCUGCCCGGAGUGCAAGAUGACAUUUUCCAAUAUUUUGCAGUACAACAAACACUCGUGCGCUCAUGUCAUCAAGAAGAGACGUGGCGUUCGCUUGUAUUGCGAAAUGUGCGCCUUGGAGUUUCCCUCCUGGAAGCGUUUUAAUUUUCACAAUCAAUUCCAUUUGGAGAGGCACCGACCGCGUGCUUGCUUUGUCUGUGGCUAUGAGAACACCAACAUUGACGAACUCUUUCAGCAUUUGCACUAUUCCCAUGAGCCAGAGGGCACACUCUUCUGUGAUCUCUGCGAUCGCACGUUCCGGGAUGCUGCCGUCUUUGCUGAGCAUCGCUCAUCGCAUGCGAAUGUGAGCAACACCACCUACUGCUGCUGCGAGUGCAUGGCCACCUUCGAGACUCGUGGCAAACUGAAUGGCCAUGUGAGAUUAAUGCACUCCAACGUCAUCAGCUGCGAGCUCUGCUCCCGCGAAUUUGCCUCCGAGGUCACCUACAAUGUGCACAUGAAAUCCCAUUUGAUAAUCGAACGUGAUCUUCACAUCUGCGUCAGUUGUGGCCAACUGAGUGAGAGUGAGGAGAAAAUGAACGAGCAUCUGGCAGUCGAGGAUUCGGCCUGCUAUGGCGCAGAGAGUUGCGUGGAACUGCUUCGCGAUGCGUAUGUCUGUGAGUACUGCACGACGUACUUUAAGCAAAAGUCCGAUCUGCAGGCGCAUCGCGAGUCCGGGGUGCACGACAAUGGUGUGUUUUGGUGUCAGCCUUGCGACAAGGAAUUCCCCGACAUGAAGUUGUAUCGCCAUCAUCUGCGCAACUUCCAGGCACUGCGCACAGAUGUGGCACAUCGCAAGAUGGACAUUUGCACCUUCUUCAUGUGCGAUCAGAAGGGUUGCUCGGCGGCAUAUGCCAACUGGAACUCUUUGUACACGCACAAGCGACGCACUCACGAUGCGCCUGAGAAGCAGCAGGAGAAAUCGGCCAAGCCGUUGCAGGAAUGGCAAUGCCAAUUCUGCCUGAAGUUAUGCCGCUCCAAGAUGUCCUUAUCCGUGCAUGUCGCCCGUAGCCAUAAUAAUGACAACGUGGUCUGUUCGCUGUGCAACGCGUCGUACAAGAGCAAGGAGGCGCUGGAGAACCAUCAUGCCUACUGGCACGAGCCCAUCGAGUGUCCGCAGUGCUUCAAGAUAGUCAAGAACCGUCGCAACUACGACACCCACGUGAAUGUGGUGCACUCCAACAAGAAGCGCUACACUUGCAGUGUGUGCGAGAAGGGUUUCUACCACAAGAGCGAGAUGGAGGCUCACAAGAGGCUUCAUUCACAGUCGUACAGCUGCGAUCAGUGCAGCUUCACCACCAGGAACAAGAAGUCACUGUCUGUUCACACGCUGGGCCAGCACUUUAAGCGUUUCGCCUUCGACUGCAAGAUGUGCGACAAGCACUUUGGUCGACGCCAGGGACUGACCAAUCACAUACAGCGUGUGCACGCCUCCAAGCAUGUGUGCCGCAACUACAUUGAUGACGGCUGCGCGCGUUCCUUUAACACCAGUUUGCAGCUGAAGAUGCAUUUGCGCAAGGUGCACAACUCCACUUUGGUGUCUGACGAUGUGCUCGAAGAAGAGGCGUAUGCCAGCGCCAGAGCCCCGCCAGCGAAGAGGCGUCGCCUUGGAUUGGGGCAAGAUACCACAGACGACACUGCGGAUGAUUUGGAUAGAAUAAAAGACGAUGAUUACCGACCAGAGGAAGACGAGGAGGAUGUGGAGGAGGAGGAGCAGGAGGAAGAAUGUGAGCUGGAGUUUACCGUGGACGAGGCAGAGGCGGAGCAUAAACCGAAACCAAACACUGGCUCGCUCACAGUCCGGCAUGGAAGAAAAAAUCGUUCAAAUUAGUUAAGUUUUCUUGCUAAAGCAGAUUUGAUUUAAUUGAAUUUGAUUUCCGUUCAUUUCGCUAACCAUAGUUUGAACACAGAGAUGUCAGAAAAUGACAUAAAUAUGUAUUCCGUACAGUACAUAAUACAAUUCUAAUGAUACUAUAGCUAAUCUCUCGUACAUUUAGGCUAACUUCAAUGCAAUUAACUAGCCAGAAUCUGGCGGAAGCAAAUUUGAUUUAUUAAGCGUUGUAGUUUGGUCAUUUAACUGUUGAAGAUUGUGUGCGGAGCUUACCUACAAAUAAAUUAGUUACGAACAAAAUGCAA